AUGCUCAAUUCUAUUUCAACAACAACAGUUAUUUUAACCGGUGCUUUAAUUAUUUUCAUAUUAAUUUAUUAUCAACCAUUUAAAAAUAGUAAAAAUCUUUCGAAUUCUAAUAAUUCAAAAGAAUUAUCAGACUGCUCAAAUGAAUUAAAUAAACUUCGCCAUGAACGUAAUGGUGUGAAAAAAAAUCUACAUAAUAUUGAACAAAGAUUUUCAUUAUUACAUCUUAUAAGUUUAUCAACACGUGCCAUAGUUUCUCCUUUGAAACUUCUAUCACCAUCAUUUAUUCUUUAUACAUUUAUUCUUUAUAUUUUUCAUACAUGUGUUUCUAAUCGACUCGCAAGUCAAACUAUUAAACUAUUAUAUAUUACCAUGAGUUUGCCAAUGUUUAUGUAUGGUUUAGCAGCUGGCUCAGUCGUACCAUUAUCGAUUAUUUAUGUAAUGCGACCAGAUAGUUUAAAAAAUUUAUUUGAUUUAGUAUCAUCUUCACUAUUAAUUGCCUUUAAUUGGUCUGAAGGUGUUGCUCAACGUUUUAAUUUAAGUAAUGAUUUAGUUUUAAAUGGCAAUCUAAAUCCCAUAUUGCCAAUAAAAAUCUAUAGUUGUUAUACAAUUGAAUAUUGGUAUAAUAUAUUUUCAUGGAUAAUUUAUAUUUCUUUCAUAUUAUCAUUAGUUUUGUUUAUAUUAAAUCAACGUUUUAAAAAUACUCCAGAAGAAUCAUUUCACGAUCAAUAUCAUACGCGCGAACAAGAAAAUAUUGUACUAGAUUUUGUUUUUUAUUAUUUUUGCAUAUUUAUUCUUGCUAUGAUAUCAAUAUCAAUACGAAUUCUAAUGGAAUAUUAUUUUCUUCGACAUUUAAAACCAUUUACUAUUAAGAAUAUUAAUAUAUCUAUGAAUGAAACGAAUUUAAUAUCGAUUAUAUUCGGUGUUAUUGUUGGUUUCUAUACGACAAUAUUUCUUCUAUAUUUAUCUGAUAUUGUUUAUUUAAGUCAAGAAGUGAUUAAAAUAAAAGAUGAACUACAUGACAUACGAAAUAUAAAUCAAAGUUUAUUUUCUCAAAUAUCAUUUCUGAAUUCUUUCAAUAGUAAAAUUUCUUUAAUAAAUUCAAAACAAGAACUUUCUGGCCAAUUAUGCUUAUCAUUUAAUGAACAACGUCAAAUACUUGAUUCGAUCAAUUCUAUGUCCAAUAUGGCAAUACUUUUAUUUACGGGUUAUUCAUUAUAUAUUUAUGGUUUUGGUACACAUCAUGGUUUAGCGUAUCGUUUAUUCUUUUUUAUUUUAAAAAUUCUAACAGUCAUUUUAACGAUAUGGCUUAAUCUACAUUUCAAGCAAGGCUUGCCGAAUGAUAUACUUUUGUAUAUAUGGAUAGAUGUCAAUUGUAUUGUAUUGAUCUAUCGUAGUCUAUGUCAACUCAUAUGA